AUUUGAAAAUUUUGGCUGUAAUAUUGGCAAUCAUAUAACAAAUUACAUACAUAUAUAAAAAAAAAAUUUUUUACAAAAUGAAAUUGGAAAUUUUAAUUAUUUACUUUUUAUGUUCAAUAUUAACUUUUUUACAUGAAGUUAUUGGGAAAAUUGAUAACGAUUACGUUUUUCGAACAUUAACCGGUGAACCAAACUAUAGAUCAGUAAAUUUAACAUGGGAAAUUGAAAUUCCUCAUCUUAAUAUGACUGGUAAUGAGCUACAAACAAAUGAAUCAUUAUUUCCAAAAACAUUUCAAAUAUAUUUUUGUGAGAUUCAAUCAUUUGGUCCACAUAGAUGUCGUUCUAAAAUUCUUGAAUACAAUCAAAUUACAGAUGACAAAAGUAUAUCUAAUAGUUCAAUUAAAUAUUAUUCCACUACAAUAGAUAAUUUAAGAAUGGCUACCAAAUAUAGUUUUCAUAUUAAACCGCAAAUUAAAAGAAAAAUUGCAAAAAUUACUGGAAGAAUGGGUAAUAUGGAGAAUGAAGUUGAACCUGAAUCUAUAUUUAAUGGUCAAACAAUUGUUGUACCAACAAAAGGGUUUUCUGCUGAAGCAACAAAAUGUUUGCCACAUGCAUCAGAAAUUGAAGUUGAAACUGGACCACAUUUUGCUGGAAAAAUUGUUGUUGAUGGCAGUAAUUGCGGUAUUAAAGGUGAUCCAAAAUCUUCAAAUGAUAAAUAUAUUAUGAGAAUUGAUCAUGAAAAGUGUGGUAGUCUUGUAAAACCAGAAACUAAUACUGUUGAAACAUUUAUAACAGUACAAGAAAACUUGGGAAUUUUUACACAUAGCACGAGAAGAUUUGUUGUAGUAUGUACAUUUCAAUCUGGUACGCAAACUGUUCGAGCUAGUUUUACAGUACCUGGAAAAGGUGGUGCUAUAUCAUCCAUUGAAGAAAAUGAUCCAUUUGAACCUGAUACAAGAAGUGCACGUAAUCGAAAAUUUAGAUACGUUGAUAAAAGUCAUUUAAUAUUAAAAGAAAAUUCGGCAAUUAAUAAUUCAAGUAAAAAUGAAAUUCAAGAAAAUCCAACCCACAUAAUUGACCCUGAUGCUGAAAAUUCUGUUGCUGAACUUAUAAAUUAUGUACCAGAUAUAAAUGAAGAUGAAUUAAAAAUGAAUUCAGAAGAUAUGUUGGGAGUUGAAAGUGAAAAAAUUGAAAAUAUUUUUCAAGUAAAUAAUGCAAUUAAUCGGCAAGCUAAAUUUGCUAGAUUGAUUCAUGAAAAUGCUCCUCAAUCUAUAGCUGAUGAUACAAGAAACCGUACAACUAAUUACACAACAGGAAUAUUAAUUGCUGUGUCGUUGUCUGUGAUAAUGAUCGGUGUUUUUGUGUUUGUUGUUAAACGAGAACUAAAAAGACAGUCUCAAAUUUGUAAACGAAGGUCAACACCCAGAAAACCAGCAAUUAUAAUUAAAAAUCCAUAGAACAAUAAAAAAAAAAAACUAACAAAACCAAACAAUUUGAAGUUGCUACAAAAUGUGAAAGAGCAGUAAUCUCAAAAAUAAAUAAGAAUAUACUGGAAUUCGAUUUUUUAUUGCAUAAUAUCUUCUUCCUUAAAUUGAUUUAAAUUUAUUUUAACAUAAUAUUACAAUUCUAACUUUAAAAUAAUUAAGAACAUUAUGUUUACUUGUCUUUUCGAAACAUUGUUUUUUUAACUUUAAUAGUUUCGAUUUAAGGCAACUAAACAUAAAAUUUCCAAAAAUAAGAGAAAAAUGAAAAAGAAAUUUUGUGUCUAACUUU